UGACUGGAGGGAGGCUCUUAUCUAGGGGUGAAAUCACACAUUGUCACCAUGGAUUGCGUUUUAUUUUUAAUAUAGUCACAUUUUUUGUUUUUUUGAGCGCGGACCAGCCAGCUCCGGGCGAAAUUUGGUGACACCGGAGGAUUUGUGAAGCCUUUUCAAACUGUUUUAUUGACGUCGGAGCAGUGCCAGAGACACACCGAUAACCGUUAGUUUUUUUUUCCGCAGCCAGAAUGCCGCGGGACAACAAAACUCCUCUUAUCCAGAAAAUAGCAAAGCAAGCCUACAUCUCCUUCAAGGGCUUUAAGUCUUCGGCCAACGGGGAUAAUAAUGUCGUUGCGGACAAACAGAGUGAAUUAAUCUCCCUAGUGACUGCGGUCAGGGCUGCCGACCUGAAAAUUGCUUCCCGGAAAAGUAAACCGAGCUCCGCAGCAGCCGGGCUCCAAAGCCCCCCGGUCACCUACAUGCACAUCUGUGAGACGGAGGUGUUCAGUAUGGGGGUGUUCCUGUUGAGGACCGGCGCCUCCAUCCCGCUGCACGACCACCCGGGCAUGAACGGGAUGCUGAAGGUUCUCUACGGGAAGGUGAGCGUCCGCUGUUUUGACAAGCUGGAAGAUAACCUGACUGACAGUUCUGUGCUGCCUCACUUCGAGCCUCCACUGACUCCGCUCCAGACGGGCUCCCUGCGGCGCUCCGUGCUGCGCUCGGUGGCCGAGUACUCAGAGAACAGCGGGCCCUGCCUCCUCACUCCUGUACGGGAUAACCUCCACCAGAUUGACGCAGUGGAGGGGCCGGCGGCAUUCCUGGAUAUCCUGGCACCCCCAUACAAUCCAGAUGAUGGUCGGGACUGUCACUAUUACAAAGUGCUGCAAACUGCGGCAGAGGGGGGAACAGAUGGAAAGAGCAACGAGGAGGAGCAGGGAGAGGACAAGGAUAAAGAGGAGGAGGCAUGGCUGCUAGAAAUCCCUCAGCCAGAGGACUUCUGGUGUGGUGGGGAACCCUACCCAGGCCCUGCGGUCUCUGUCUGAAUGCAACCUCUGAUCAGAGGAGCUAGACUACAGUAUAUGACAGAUAGUACAGUGAUAUCCAUCCAUCCACAAGGGGGAACUUUGUUUUGCCCCGUUCCACAGGGAGGUCAAACAUGUGGGUCAUUAUUGCCUGAGAGUCAAAGAGAAUGAGUGUCUUGCUCAAGGAUGCUACAGCAGGGCAGAAGCUUGUAGUAAGAGGAGCGUGAACUCUGACAACCUGCACAGCAUCAGGACCACUGAACCUUCUUCCACAAACCAAAACCCUUGUCAGUGCUGAGAAAACAUUUGACCCGAGGAAUUCCCAUUCCUCAUUCAGUAUUUUUCUUCAGACGAUUACGUUGCCUUGAAUGUCAUCAGCCAGAUGUUGUGGGAAUGGUGGCGUGUCAUUUGGAUCUCUGAUGUGUGUUCUGUGAGGCUUGGAAAGCCUUGUCUACAUUAUUUUUCACUCUGCUGCAGAGGACCUCCACAUUGUGACAUGUCUUAAUGCCAAAGCCUGUAACUCAAGACGUACCCGCCUUAUUUGUGAAUAUUGAAUGUAUACUUAUUAAGAGUGCCAUUUCUUUUGUACACACUCAUUUCUUCUUCCAACAUGCACACACUACAUUAUGUAUGCUUUAUUUUCAUUUUCUGUUUCCAGGUAAGAUGGUACCUGCACAGGUCUGGUCAGUUGAGGGGAAAGGCUGAUGUUCAGCUUUUUUUUACAGAUUCUGUGAUGUCAUAUCAUCUACUGUAACUUAAUCCAGAGUGAUAUAGUGUACAUGAUGUGUCUUAUUAAAGACUGAACAAAGUCUUUAAACUCGUUUCACAAAGUAUAGUCUAUAAAAAAAGUAUUGAUUUCAAAAUGGAAGCUGUGUUAGAGAGCUUAAACAUUUUUAUGGUAUGAAGCCAACGCACUUACACUUUCUUCACCACCUUUUACAUGUAGCUUGAUAAACACUCUAUCAUUCCAGCCUGUAUGUUACAUUACUUUAUCUUAUACCUCUAUCCUCUUUGGGCCUACAUUAGACUUCACACAGGUCUAUGUGCCAGUUUGACAAUGAUUCAAUCUGGUGUUGAAUGUAUGAGGAACAAUAAAAUAGAUGGGAAUAAUCAUGGA